UACUGGUUGCACGACUAUAAUGCCACCCAUCCCAUUUAAUUUAAAAUAAUUUUUGAUUUAGCGGUGUUCAUUACUCGCGCGCGGUAUACACGUAAAUUGUGUUUAUUAUUGUCGUUACAUUGCUAUUUUUAGUAGAAACAGUUUUUUUUUUGUUUUCUUCUUACGUUAAAAGAGCAAUUCUGAUGUGAAAGAGCAUACUAUUCAGUUGUAGUUUGGUGUUGAUUGGUAACGCUAUUCUUAGUUCUAAUUAAGUCAUCGAGUUGAUUCGGAACAAUUUUGUGAACAGAAUUUUUAAGUAGCUUAUUCUACAGUCAUGGUGAAACAAGGACCACGUCCAUUGGUUAUUUGUGGGCCGUCUGGAUCGGGAAAAAGUACACUCUUAAAGCAACUUUUUAAAGAAUUACCAGAAACGUUUGGAUUUAGUGUAUCGCAUACGACUCGCAAACCACGUCCCGGCGAGGAAAAUGGCGUCCACUACCAUUUUGUCAGUAUUGAAGAAAUGCAGGCUGCAAUAGAAAGGGGUGACUUCUUGGAACAUGCAACAUUUAGUGGAAAUAUGUAUGGAACAAGCAAGCAAUCAGUUCGAAAUGUUCAGAAUAUGGGCAAGGUGUGCGUCUUGGACAUUGAAAUCGAAGGUGUGAAACAAAUACGAAACUCUGAUCUGAAUCCGAUUUUGGUGUUCAUCUAUCCACCAUCGCUACAGGAACUUGAGAAUCGAUUGAGAAAUCGAAAAACAGAAACCGAAGAAAGUUUGCAAAAGCGUUUGAAAACAGCCAAAACUGAAAUGGAAUAUGGUAAAGUGCCCGGCAAUUUCCAUAUUGUCAUACACAACUAUGAAUUGACGAUGGCUUAUCAAGCAUUGCGCGAUUUUGUCUUGAAAGAACUUGAGACGCAACGUGACGAAGAACGAAAUGCGAGUAUAACUCCAGUCAUAAGAUACAUAGAAUUAAGUGAAAAAGACAAGUAAAUAUUAUGAAGCAUACCGAUCUAUUUCUAUAGCAAUGUCAAAGAGAAAUAUAUAUUAACUACGACAGUUUUUUUUGUAAUGAUAACGUUAAUCUAUUGUUACGCAUAAUCUCAUCAAACAUCAAUGACAAUUUAUUGAAGAAGAAGAAAAAACCCGGUAAGGGUUUGACUAUUUGAACAAUUAUUAAUCUAACAAUACGAUUCAUUGAAUUUAACUUUGAAUUUAACUUUUUUUUUCGUUUUCUUUAAGCAUUUUUCCCUCCCCUAAUUUUUCUCGUCUAAAUCAAAAUAGAAAUAGAAAAUGAGUAUUGUGUAAAAUGUUUGACGCGCUGAAUUAGAUGAAAUAAUAAUUUUCGACGUAUUUUAGUCGUUAGAUUUUACGAUUUAUAAUGUCAUACAAUUCCUGAUUUUGAAUGUAUUUUUUAUACUAAUUUUUUUUUACAAAAAAA